GUGCGACCGAGAUGUUCCACUCGCUGGCGUCCGGGCCGCUGGUGAUCUCCGGUAGCACUCGGGCCGGCGGACAGUGAGGGCGCGGGUCUUGCUGUGUCGCCCAGGCUGGAGUGCAAUGGCGUGAUCAUGGUUCACUGCAGCCUUGAACUCCUAGACUUAGGUGAUCCUCCCACCUCCGCCUCCCAAGUAGGAUGUGAGGGCAACCUGGCUGUGACAUCUCUCACCCCGUUGAUCACCAGGGUUGAUCUGGCUGAUCUGGCUGGCUAGGCUGGUGUCUCCUUCCUCCCUCACUGCUCCAUGUAUGUCCCUCCCGAAGCUGCACACUCAAGUCGAAGAGAACGACCAUCCCCAAGAGAGGAGGACUAAUCUUCGGUCAAGGACAACAAGGGAGGUGUCACAGUUUUCCAUUUAGAUCAACAACUUCAAGUUCUUACCAUGGAAAAUUCCGAGAAGACUGAAGUGGUUCUCCUUGCUUGUGGUUCAUUCAAUCCCAUCACCAACAUGCACCUCAGGUUGUUUGAGCUGGCCAAGGACUACAUGAAUGGAACAGGAAGGUACACAGUUGUCAAAGGCAUCAUCUCUCCUGUUGGUGAUGCCUACAAGAAGAAAGGACUCAUUCCUGCCUAUCACCGGGUCAUCAUGGCAGAACUUGCUACCAAGAAUUCUAAAUGGGUGGAAGUUGAUACAUGGGAAAGUCUUCAGAAGGAGUGGAAAGAGACUCUGAAGGUGCUAAGACACCAUCAAGAGAAAUUGGAGGCUAGUGACUGUGAUCACCAGCAGAACUCACCUACUCUAGAAAGGCCUGGAAGGAAGAGGAAGUGGACUGAAACACAAGAUUCUAGUCAAAAGAAAUCCCUAGAGCCAAAAACAAAAGCUGUGCCAAAGGUCAAGCUGCUGUGUGGGGCAGAUUUAUUGGAGUCCUUUGCUGUUCCCAAUUUGUGGAAGAGUGAAGACAUCACCCAAAUCGUGGCCAACUAUGGGCUCAUAUGUGUUACUCGGGCUGGAAAUGAUGCUCAGAAGUUUAUCUAUGAAUCGGAUGUGCUGUGGAAACACCGGAGCAACAUUCACGUGGUGAAUGAAUGGAUCGCUAAUGACAUCUCAUCCACAAAAAUCCGGAGAGCCCUCAGAAGGGGCCAGAGCAUUCGCUACUUGGUACCAGAUCUUGUCCAAGAAUACAUUGAAAAGCAUAAUUUGUACAGCUCUGAGAGUGAAGACAGGAAUGCUGGGGUCAUCCUGGCCCCUUUGCAGAGAAACACUGAAGAAGCUAAGACAUAGGAAUUCUACAGCAUGAUAUUUCGGACUUCCCAUUUGGGGAUCUGAAACAAUCUGGGAGUUAAUAACUGGGGAAAGAAGUUGUGAUCUGUUGCCUAAACUAAAGCUUAAAAGUUUAGUAAAAAUCGUCUGGGCACAGUGGCUCACGCCUGUAAUCCCAGCACUUUGGGAGGCUGAGGCAGGUGGAUCACGGGGUCAAGAGAUCGAGACCAUCCUGGCCAAUAUGGUGAAACCCCAUCUCUACUAAAAAUACAAAAAUUAGCUGUGUGUGGUGGCACGUGCCUGUAGUCCCAGCUACUUGGGAGGCUGAGGCAGGAGAAUCGCUUGACCCCAGGUGGUGGAGGUCGCAGUGAGCCAAGAUUGCACCAUUGCACUCCAGCCUGGCGACAGAGCAAGACUCUGUCUCAAAAAAAAAAAAAAAAAUUUAGUAAAAAUCAAUGGUAAGCUAAAAUAAGUUUUUGUUUGUUUAUUUGUUUUUGAGAUGGAGUCUCUACUAAAAAUACAAAAAAUUAGCCGGGCAUGGUGCCACGUAACUGUAAUCCCAGCUACUUGGGAGGCUGAGGCAGGAGAAUCGCUUGAACCCGGGAGGCACAGGUUCCAGAGAGCCAAGGUUGUGCCACUGCACUCCAGCCUGGGCAAAAAAGCAAAACUCCAUCUCAAAAAGAAAAAAAAAAAAAGACCGGGUGUGGUGGCUCACACCUGUAAUCCCAGCACUUUGGGAGGCCUAAGUGGGUGGAUCACGUGAGGUCAAGAGUUCAAGACCAGCCUGGCCAAUAUGGUGAAACCCCAUCUCUACUAAGAAUACAAAAAAUUAGCUGAGCAUGGUGGUGGGCUCCUGUAGUCCCAGCUACUUGGGAGGCUGAGGCAGGAGAAUCGCUUGAACCUGGGAGGCAGAGGUUGCAGUAAGCCAAGAUCGUGCCAUUGCACUCCAGCCUGGGUGACAGAGCGAGACUCCAUCUCAAAAAAAAAAAAAGCCUGACAGCUAGCAGGUUUCAGGAUCCAUCUGCCAAGUUAGUGAAAGGCUGGAGCCUCAAAUCAUACAGAUGAGGGUCAUUUUCUCCUCCUUAGCUUCUUGGAGUUUAAGAGUUGAAGGAGUCCUGAAAAGUAAUGAUAGAGCAAGAUGAAGCUAUCAGAACUGAAUUUGGACUUCCUCUGGGAAACCACACCUAGUUCAUCUGAAGUGUCACGUAAACUGCAGAAAGGUUCCAGUGCUGGAAACUUCUCUCAUACUGUCGUGCCUUCCUACUCAGAAGUGCCUGUGCCCUGCUCAGCUGUGACUACUGACCUCAGGACCUCACUGGACAAGGCAUGUGGGGACCCUUGCAGGAGCCCUGGUAAGGGUACAAUGAUCCUAUUGUUUUUUGUUUUUGAGAUGGAGUCUCACUCUGUCUCCCAGCCUGGAGUGCAGUGGUGCGAUCUCCGCUCACUGCAACCUCCGCCUCCCGGGUUCAAGCAAUUCUCCUGCCUCAGCCUGCUGAGUAGCUGGGAUUACAGGCACCCACUACCAUGUCCGGCUAAUUUUGUAUUUUUAGUAGAGAUGGGGUUUCGCCAUGUUAGACAGGCUGGUCUUGAACUCCUGACCUCAGGUGAUCUGCCCACCUCGGCCUUCCAAAGUGCUGGGAUUACAGGCAUGAGCCACUGCACCCAGCCUGAUCCUAUUGUUGCACUAUUUAUGGAGCAACAACUUUGUACAAAGAACAAGCUUUGUACAGAGAACAAGCUUGGCUUUUUCUCCUAACGCCGAGGAUGCUGUUGAUGCUGCCACGUAAUAGCAUAAUUUUGGGUGUCCUCAAGGACAGAACUUCCACUUUGAAUAAUGGAAGUUAGAACAAUGAAUUUCACAGGGGAAUAAAUAUUAAUGACUGAUGUGAAGAAAAUAUGCCAUUGUUUAUUCCCUCCUGCAUCAUUUCCAUAAUUUGCUUUUGUACUGUCAAUUUAGAGGAAAUGUGUGAUGCUGGUGUUUUGUUUGGCUUGUUUGUUUGAUGCUGGGGGUUUUAUGUGUUGUACCCUUUACCCCUUACAUUGUGUAAUUUGAAAGUGGCAAACAAACCUGCAGUAAAAGUCCUUGAUUGGCAUCUUCAUUCGGAUGAUGGAGAGCCUUUGUGGUAGUGUUUGCCUAUGUGAACAGCAGGCCUUUCAGAUAAGAGAAGUGGCUUUUCCUUGGUGAUGAAGGGGUAGAGAUUGAGCCAUGGGGAUGGUUUAGGUUAAAGAAUGCUUUUUUUUGGCCAUCAUGAGGAUCUAACAACAGAGUAGAAGGAAGGAUGCCCUAGGUCAGCAUGCAGGGUGGUGGGAGGGCUUUCAUCUUCCUUACCAAGCCUCUCUUUUCACUUUUCUAGAAGUCCAGAAGUUGUUAUAUGAUGAAAUAGCCUCCUUUAACGUUUAUUUCUGGGUGCCAAGGGAGGCCCAUUCCUCUAACAUUCUCAUAAUUUUUCUCAAAGGCCUAUGAUCUAAACAUUUCACCACGGCAUCCACUCAGCUGUGAGGCUGCGUACACAGUCUCCACCUCUGAAAUCUGAACUUCGUUUACCAGUGGUGCUGUUUGAACUUCAUAAUGUCAGCACUUCCUGAACACUUACUGUGUGCUUGGCUUGUGCUCCUGAGUGCCUUAUAUCAUAAGGAAACGGCAAAAUCAGGGGACUGGUAUAAAUGGUGAGCUGAGCUUGAAUCUAAGCUUUGCCUUCAGAGCCAGUACCCCUAAUCUCUCUUUCUGUAAAAUAUUACUUUUUAAAGAAUGAAGUUGUAGUCAAAUCUUGAAAUUUUUCAUUUACCCUAAGUGAGGACAAAUAAAGCUUUCAACAACAGUUUGUGGUAGUCUGAUGGAGAUGAGUCCGACGUAUUCAGUCCUCACGGAAGGACUAGGCUGAACUUGCCCAGUGUUAGCAAUUCCUUGGAACUAGAACAGUGGAAUCCGAGGGAGAAGGUGAUAUGGGCCAUAAUUAACUUUUGUGUUUGUGUGUGUGUGUAUGUGUGUGUGUGUUUGCUUCUGAGACAGUUUUGCUGUGUCGCCCAGGCUGGAGUGCAGUGGCACAGUCUCGGCUCACUGCAACCUCUGCCUCCUGGGUUCAAGCAAUUCUCCUGCUUCAGCCUCCCAAGGAGCUGGGAUUACAGGCGUGUGUUACCACGCCUGGCUAAUUUUUGUAUAUUCAGUAGAGACAGGGUUUCACCGUGAUGGCAAAGCCGGCCUCAAAUGAUCCGCCCACCUCGGCCUCCCAAAGUGCUGGAAUUACAGGUGUGAGCCAUCACGCUCUGCCCAGAUAGGGUUUUUGACCUGUCAUAGUGGUGCCUGGUCCCAUUAUUCUCUGUUUUGACUCUGCAGGGAUGAUCACUGUCCCCUUGCUAUCCUUUAAUGAAACUGUCACCUCGGUUUCAGAACUGGAAUUCAGAUCCAUUUCUCCCUCACGUGUCUUAUCAAGUCUAAAUGACUUGCCGUGGACAGUGUUUCCCAAAUCAAGUUAAGCUGCCCAAUAAAUUUUUCCAAAACAAUGGAUAACCUGACAAUUACAUUGUAAAACAUUAGGGAAAAUAGCAAACACACAAAAUUAGUGGUAAUAGUAUAAUGAACCCCUACGUACCCAUCAACUUCAAGCAUAACAUUUUGCCAAUCUUCAUCUACACCUGUUUUGUUUUGCUGGAGUCUUUUAAAGCAAAUCCCAAAUGUGUAAUUUUACCCAUAAAUACUUCAGUGUGAGGAAUGCUAGAGUCCAAUUUGUACAUUAAUACAAGUAUAUCAGCGCCGGCGUGGUGGCUCAGCCAGGCUUGGUGGCUCACAUCUGUAAUCCCAGCACUUUGGAAGGCCAAGGUGGAAGGAUUGCUUGAGCCCAGGAGUUCAAGAACAGCCUGCGUAACAUAGCAAGAUCCUAUCUUUAGAAAAACAAACAAAUAAAUAAAAAACAUGUACUGGCUGGGCACAGUGGCUCACGCCUGUAAUCUUAGAAAUUUGGGAAUCAGAGGCAGCAGAUUGUUUGAGCCCAGGAAUUCUAGACUAGCCUGGGCAACAUGGCAAAACCCUGUCUCUACCAAAAAUACAAAAAUUAGCUGGGUGUGGUGGUGUGCGCCUGUAGUCCCAGCUACUCAGGAGGCUGAGGUGAGAGGAUGGUUUGAGCACAGGAGGCGGAGGUUACAGUGAGCUGAGAUUGCGCCAUUGCACUCCAGCCUGGGUGACAGAGCCAGACCCUGUCUCAAAAAACAAAACAGGGCUGGGAAUGGUGGCUCAGCCUGGGCAUAGUGGCUCACACCUGUAAUCCCAGCACUUUGGGAGGCCAAGGUGGGUGGAUCACCUGAGGUCAGGAGUUCAAGACCAGCCUGGCCAACAUGGUGAAACCCCGUCUCUACUAAAAAUACAAAAAAUUAUACGGGCGUGGUGUCAGGCGCCUGUAAUUCCAGCUACUUGGGAGGCUGAGGCAGGAGAAUUGCUUGAACCCAGGAGGCAGAGGUUGCAGUGAGCCCUGAUCAUGACACUGCAUUCCAGCCUGGGCAACAAGAGCAAAAACUCCCUCUCAACAAACAAAAACAAAACAAGUGUACUAAGUCCAGUGCGGUGGCUCACACCUGUAAUCCCAGCACUUUGGAGGCCAAGACAGGAGGAGCACUUGAGCCCAGCAUGAGCAACAGAGUGAGACCCUGUGUCUACAAAAAUUUUUUUAAAAAUUAGCCAGGCAGCAGGGCGCAGUGGCUCACACCUGUAAUUCCAGCACUUUGGGAGGCCGAGGAGGGCAGAUCACAAGGUCAGGAGAUCAAGACCAUCCUGGCUAACACGGUGGAACCCCGUCUCACUAAAAAUACAAAAAAUUAUCUGGGCGUAGGUGGCGGGUGCCUAUAGUCCCAGCUACUUGGGAGGCUGAGGUAGGAGAAUGGCGUGAACCCGGGAGGCAGAGCUUUCAGUGAGCCGAGAUUGUGCCACUGCACUACAGCCUGGGUGACAGAGCAAGACUCCGUCUCAAAAUAAAUAAAUAAAUAAAUUAAUUAAUUAAUUAAAAUAAAAUUAGCCAGGCAUGGUAGCUUGUGCAUGUAGUCUGAGCUACUUGGGAGGCUGAGGUGAGAAGAUUGCUUGAGCCUGGGAUCUGGAGGCGUAGUGAGCUGUGAUUACCCCACUGCACUCCAGCCUGUGUAGCUGAGACCCUGUUUCAAAAAAAAUGAAAUAGUGCAGCUAAAAGUAUCAAUGUCACCAAAGCAGAAGACCCAAGUCUCCAGCCACACUUUUGUUGAGACAAUAGUAUUCAUAAAGUGAUUUUCAAAAUUUUUAUUUACUUACUUAUUUCCCACUUCAUAAGCUGGUCUAGCAUGAAGUAUGGUUUUUUUGGUGGUGGUUGUUUUUUUUGAGACAGAGUCUUGUUCUGUCACCCAGGCUGGAUUGCAGUGGCACGAUCUUAGCUCACUGCAACCUCCACCUCUCAGGUUCAAGAAAUUCUCCUGCCUCAGCUUCCCGAGUAGCUGGGAUUACAAGCGCACACCACCGUGCCCAGCUAACUUUUGUGUUUUUAAUAGAGACAGGGUUUCUCCAUGUUGGCCCGGCUGAUCUCAAACUGACCUCAAAUGAUCCACCUGCCUUGGCCUCCCAAAGUGUGGGGAUUACAGGUGUGAGCUAUCACACCCAACCAAAGUAGUAUUUUAUUUAACAUUUAUAUCUUCAGCAACUUAAGCAUGUUCGAAACUGAACCAUAAUUUUGCUCUCAAAUGGAUAAAUAAUCAUAAGAAAGCUGCUUAAGAAGAAAGGGUACCUUGGCUGGGUGUGAUGACUCAUGCCUGUAAUCCCAGCACUUUGGGAGGCCAAGGCAUUUGGAUCACCUAAGGUCAGGAGUUCGACACCAGCCUGGCCAACAUGGUGAAACCCCGUCUCUAAUAAAAGUACAAAAAUAUUAGCCAGGCAUGGUGGCAGGCACUUGUGGUCCUAGCUACUCAGGAAUCUGAGGCAGGAGAAUUGCUUGAACCUGGGGAGGCAGAGGUUACAGUGAGCCAAGAUCGUGCCACUGCACUCCAGCCUGGGUGACAGAGCGAGACUCCAUCUCAAAAAAAAAAAAAAAAAAAAAAGGGUACCUUGAUUUUUUUUUUUUUUGAGACGGUCGCAGGUUCAAGUGAUUCUCGUGCCUCAGCCUUCUGAGUAGCUGGGAUCACAGGCGUGUGCCACCACACCCAGCUAAUUUUUGUAUUCUUAGUAGAGAUGGGGUUUUGUCAUGCUGGUCUCUAACUCCUGGCCUCAAGUGAUUCUCCCACUUCUGCCCUUCCAAGUGCUGGAAUUACAAACAUGAGCCUCUGUGCCCAGCCAAAAGUACCUUGAUUUUAUUUAUGAUAUAGAUAAGGAAAGGAGGCAGAGAAAUUCUGGGCAGAAGAGGGUGGGUCCCCAAUGAGGGCUCCCCACCUGGAGCUGAAAAGCCUGAUACUAUGGCCCAAAGUGAGCGUUUACAUCCCUGUUUGCCCUCUUGAAAGUUGCCUUUUCCAUGACUACCCAUGGCCCACCCCCCAUCCUGUGCCCAUGAAAAUCCCAGGCUCAGCUGGGCACAGUAGCCUGUAACCCUAGCACUUUUGGAGGCCAGGGCGGGCAGAUCACUUGAGGUCAGGAGUUCAAGACCAGCCUGGCCAACAUGGCGAAACCCCACCUGUACUAAAAAUACAAAAAUUAGCCAGGCAUGGUGGCGGGCGCCUGUAAUCCCAGCUACUCAGGAGGCUGAGGCACGAGAAUCACUUCAACCCAGGAGGUGGAGGUUGCACUGAGCCAAGAUCGCGCCACUACACUCCAGCCUAGGUGAUAGAGCGAAACUCAGUCUAAAAAAAAAAACCAAGCUCAGCCAGCAGAGAAAGGAAAAGCAGCUGGAUAUUGGAGACUACGGUUGGACGGCAGAAAGAAGUGGCUUGACUUCAGAGGGACAGCUUCAUGGUGUAGCUUUGAAGAGGAGUCCAGGGGAAGAUUACCUUCUUGCUCCAUCCUCUUUUCAGCUCCUCUUCCCACUGAGAGUCACUUUCAUUGGCAAUAAAUUUCCAUGCAUUUACCAUCUUCAA